GAGGAGAGUCGUAACCGGCGCGUUUCAUCGGAUCGUGUUUUGGUGGAGAACUACUUUGGCCGCAUGGCGACACUCUGGCGCGUGGUGAGCACUACGUUCACGUGGAGCGAGGCAAAGUUCGACAGGAUCGUGAACAUCUGCGUGGCACUUACCAACAUUCACGCCAAGCUGCAUCCUCUACGG